GUCCUCGCUGUUCCCGCUUACUAACGAUGACUCGAUGCAUGGCCAUCGUUGCACACUAAAGCCUACUUCCCAGCCUCUUUAGUGCAUUGCCCUGCCAGAGCCUUUCGCGCGACGCUGGCUUCGCAGCGCAAUAGUUCCGUAGCGCCCGCACGAGCCAGCCAUAACGAAUUGCAUUGGGUUGUUGUGUCUAGAGCACAGAUCGUACGUAGUGCCGCUGACGGAGCCUCUAAGAAGGGACUGGUUCGUCUCAUCAGUUACCUAAGAAGUAGCACAAGACGAUUGACAAGUCCUUAAUAUACAGCGCUGCGCCUUUUCGUUAAUUGCCGUGCGUUCUUAUCCUUGACUGAAUCGACCACAGUGUACGCGUUUCAUUUUCUCUCGCCUCAUCAGGUGGUUUCAAGAAAUUUCCAAAACCAGCUCAUCGGCAACCUAGCUCGACCAGGCCCCUAACCGAACCCUCAAAGGCUUCGUGGCGCUUGAACAGUUGGCAUAGGUAGAGCUCGGUCGGGCACGGUGUCGGUGCGAUUUCAUCCCCCGGUAUUGCAAUGACUCCUUCAUUCGCGGGACCCCCCUUUCGCCUAUGACUUCCUCCAAGCAGCAUCUGCUCCGCGUGUUAACUCACAAAGCAUCCGCAAACAGCAAACCCCAUAACCCAUAGCCCACAGUCCACUUUCCACACGCCACAGGCCGAGGCCACAGGGCAACUGUAAUUUCGGUCGCUGAGCAGCUGCUUCGUCGUCCGUUACUAUUUCACAUCGAAAUUAUCCUCGGGGUUGACUCAGAGGUUGACUCAGAGGUUGACUCAGAGGUUGACUCAGAGGUUGACUCAGAGGUUGACUCAGAGGUUGACUCAGAGGUUGACUCAGAGGUUGACUCAGAGGACUUGAAAGUCGUCCCUUCAAGUAUUUCGGAAAGUCGUCUUAAAUAGAGAGUUGGGUACUAGUUGCACGCGAGUUGAGUAACGGGUUCGUCUUCAAGCAGCGAGACAACCGAGAAUACGGAGGGGCCACUCCGAGACAGCCGUUAGCGCGGACGUGUAAAUCACGCCGCCAUAAUGACGAGGAGACCGUGCGUUGCGGGGGCUGCAGGGGGUGCAGGGGGUGCUAGGCGUGUUUCGCGGCGGCAUACACGCUGCGUGUGUCGGCCCGCUUUUCUCGCCGUCUUCAUUGCGGUUGUCGCGACCACAGCCGUGCUUGGCGCGCAAGCCGCCAAGAAGCGCCGCGCUCCCUUCCCGCCCCCCCAAUCCAUUCCGCAAGCGGACGUCGACCGCCUCUUGCAGUGGCUCUCCGCUCCCCCCACGGGUAGCAACUCCGCAUCCGCCUCCUCCGCCUCCUCCGCCGGUUCCGCCGGUUCUCCCGCCGGUUUCAGUACACUGACAAACUCUUACGGGAACUUGGGUGGGAGUAACGGGGAUGCUAACAUCGAGGAUUUUGAGAAGGAGGAGGACGAGGAGAUCCGGAGAUCGUGGAUGGAGUGGCCGGGGUCCCAGCCCAGCGCGAGGAACACCAGCAGUGCCACGUCAGCUGCUAAGAUUCGAAGACAGCUGCUAGGCACGUCGUGCGACUACCGGCGCGGCAAGUGGGCGUACGUGAAGGGGUACCGGCCGGCUUAUUCCGGCGACUGCAAGUACAUCCGGUCGGGCUUUAACUGCCAGCGCAACGGGCGCAAGAACAUGGACUUUAUGAGCUACCGCUGGCAGCCCGCCACGUGCGCGCUGCCGCGCUUCUCCGCCAACACGUUCCUGUCGCUGUUGAAGAAUAAGAUCAUCGCGUUCAUCGGCGACUCCAUCUCGCGCAACUUCCAGCAGUCCAUCUCGUGUCUCCUCGCGGCGCAAGUAACCGUCGAGGAGUGGACGGGCCACUUAGGUCCCGACUCAGUCAUCGGGCUCAAGAUCCCCUCGCACAACGUGCGCAUCCUCGCUUUCAUGACCCCCUUCCUGGUCCGCUACACCAACGAGCCGUGGGCUUUCGAGCUCUACGGGCUCCAGCCGCCGAAGACUAAGUUGAUUAAAGGCGGGAACGGCGCAGGGCAGGGGUAUGUGAUCUGGACGGACGUGCUGGAUUCGGCGUGGACGGUGCUGUUUCGGCAGCUGGACGUGGUGGUGUUCAUGUCGGGGCAUUGGUUUCUUCAGGCGCAGGGGGACACUGACGUGCGGUCGCUGCAGUUUGUGACGAAUAACAAGCCCGUGCGGCUCAACGGGCAGGACGCAUAUCGGGCGGUGAUCAACCGGGUAAAGAAAUUCCUGGACGUGGAAGCCAAGUUCAAGGGCAUUCCCAUGUGGCUUACCUACAGCCCCUCCCACUACCGUUCCUCCACCUACCCACCCUCCUGCCCGGACUCCAAGCCGCUCUCCUCUGUCUCCCUCGACAAAGCCGCAACCCAGUUCCGCAGCAUAGAGCUGGAGAUGCUCCAGAACACUCGGUUCAGCGUGCUCGAUCUGACCGCCAUGUCGGGGCUGAGGCCGGACGGGCACGUGCAGAUGUACUACGGGCCGGUGAAAAACAGCAAAACCAAGUGGGAUUGCUUGCACUGGUGCCUCCCAGGGGUGCCGGAUGCCUGGAGUGAUGUGCUGCAGCUGGUGCUGUCAUCACGGCUGAGAUGAGGGGAGAAGAGGAGAGCAGAAGAGGAGAUGAGGGGGGGAUGAGAGGUGGGGAUAAGAGGUGGGGAUGAGAGGGGGGGUGGUGAGAGAUUGAACAGAGGAGCCAUGCGAUUGGAGGACCAUCACAUCUGAGCGGUGCGGUGCGAGGAGGCAGAUGGGCAUGGUGGGCAGGAAGCAGAGACAAUGACCGCUGAUGGUGCCAAGCAAAGCUUGUCACAGGAAGGGCACAGAGAAAGUGCAGCGUUGAAGACCAUAAAAAUGUAUGUGGCUUGCAAAGUCGAAAGCAUGGACUGCAUGAUAGGAAACCAGAUAAUAGUAACGUAACAUGCGUGGAACCAGGAUUCUUAUGAUGGGAGCUGAGGAGUGAUGGUGGACGAUUCAAGGACAGUAACCAUCUAUUCUAUGCUGCUAGAGGUGUUGAAAUGAACCACGUGUUUAGGGUGGUCAGGAUCUAGAGUUGGUGGAACCAGGAGUAGAAAGUCUGCGGAAGAUUUUACACCUUGUAUUGGAAAUGCUCGAAAUGACAAGGAUAAUAAUAAUGAGUAAUACAG